AUGUCAUUGGAAAUAGUUUAUGGCAUUUAUUCUUUUCUGGCGGAUUGUGAUGAGGAACUUGAUUUUAAAUAUGGAGAACCUAUCAUAGUACUUGAAAAAGAUGAGAUGUAUGGAGAUGGCUGGUGGAAGGGUCGAAAUAUACGUGGAAGAAUUGGUCUUUUCCCUAUGAAUUAUACCAGUAAAGAUAAUCCUAGAGAUCCUUUAGAACUUAAGAAUCUUCGUAAUAAUAAUCUGUCAAAACCAGAAUCACAAACACCUUACUCUAUUGAUGAAACAAUUGAUGAAUUACAAGAAAAAUUACAAAGAAUGGUGUUGAAAAAUGAUCGUUCAUCACAUUUGUCUGCAACAACUUCAAGUAGUUAUGUUUCUGCACCGAUAAAUUCGGAAAAAAAUUCGCCAAGGAAUUCACAGCUGUCGACUACUUUUGAUAAUCCCAAAAUUUUGUCAUUUUCUUCCUCUUCUUCUGACAACAAUUAUAUAAACAAAGAUUUAAAGAUUAAAAAUCAUCCUGCGACAUGGGAUGUACAACAAGUAUGUAAGUGGUUAAGCGAAAGAGGUUAUGGUUCCGAAACGAACCAUUUUAUCGAAAAUGACAUCACCGGGGAUAUACUUUUAGAAUUAAAUUUAGUCACACUCAAGGAAAUAAAUGUUUCGUCCUUUGGCAAACGCAUUCGUUUAAAGAAUGAAAUCGCCUCAUUAAAGAAUCAGUAUUCAGCGAAUGGUGAAGUUCAAGAGAAUCAGGCUCAAAGCAAAAAUUAUUCGAGUACAACAUUUUCACAAAUUGGAAGUUCCGAAUUUAAUGGAAUUAAUGUAUCAAGCCAAUCCAAUUCAAACAUUGACGAAAUAUUUUCCGAUGUCUCAAAGGCUCACUCAAAUUCGCAACGUUCUUCAACAAGCAAUCUGCACACCAAUCAACAUACAACCACAAUUCCUCCAUCAUCAAAAGAUCUCGAAACAUCAAAGGAAGAAAAAUCUAAGAUAAAGAAAGAAAAGAUAUUUAAUAAUAAUUCUUCUUCACAAUAUGAUGAUGUUCGUCCUACGUCCGAAGUAGAAAAAGUUGGAUCAUUGAGAUUUAUUCUAAGAAAAAACAAGAAAAUUUUUUUGGAUCGAAAAAGUUUGGUCGAAAAUCAAUUAGGACCUUUCAAGGAAUUAUCAGUUGAUGAAAGUCAUGAUCGAGUAACUAGUUAUUAUUCCGAUCAUAGUAGUGAUAAUUAUAUCGAUGAUGAUCAAAUAAUAAGAAUUGGUGUACCAGAUCAUCAAGGUUCGCUAAUGAAGCAAGGAGACAAAUAUAAAACCUGGAGAAAUCGUUUUUGUAUAUUAAAAGGUUCGAAUUUAUAUUACUUACAGGACGACAAGAUGAUGGAAAAACCGAGGGUGAAAGGUCAUAUUAAUCUUACGGGAUAUAGAGUUAUUCCCGAUGAAAAUAUAUACCAAGGCAAAUAUGGAUUCAAGUUGUUUCAUGAUAAUGAACGUCCUCAUUUCUUUGCUCAUGAAGAUUUAACGACAACGAGAGAUUGGAUGAAAGCUAUAAUUAAAGCUACUAUUGAAAGAAAUAUAAAAGCACCUGUUGUCUCAUCAAAUAAUGUUUCAACGAUUACAUUAUCCGAGGCAGUGAAUCGAAUGGUUCCAUCACGCCCAGCUCCAUCACCACCAAUGGAUACCAAUAACAAUUCCACAUUAUUUUCAAUGCGCCCUCCAUCAAACUUUGAACAUGAUAAUGAAAAAUCUUCACAACAUAAACCCAAAGCACAAUCAACAGGAACCCUACCAUCAUUUUCCAAACCAUCAAAUUCAAAUUCACUUAAUAACAGUAGACCUACAUCACCUGAAUCCUUAUCCAAAUUCACUUCACAUUCCAAAUAUUCGUUUCCGAAUAAUCCUACUAAAAAGCGUAUUGAUUCCGUAAUUAACCAACCAAAGUUUCCUUCAAUGUCUGUAUCACUUUUAAAUGCGCACAGAUCUCCUUCUUUUCAUGAAAAUAAGUUUAGUGGAAUUUCAAUGGGUUAUUAUGUGUAG